CCCUCUGCAUAUCCUGUCUGUAGGUUUAAACAAGAAGGCAGUGGACUGAAUGGAGGCUUUAAAGAUUUUAGGUCCCUCUCUUUUCUCCAGUCCUACCACUGUGGUGGGAGUAGUUGUUCUUUUGAUUAUAAUUUAUUUUAUUUCUGUUGGUGCCUCUUCCAGAGAGACAGGCAAAGAACCUCCCGGACCGAGGCCUCUGCCUCUCCUUGGAAACUUGCUGCAACUUGAUCUCCAGAGACCCUACAAAACAUUGUGUCAGCUUUCCAGGGAAUAUGGGUCUGUAUUUACAGUUUAUUUUGGACCCAAGAAAGUGGUUGUCCUGGCUGGGUACAAGACAGUCAAAGAGGCUCUGGUCAACUAUGCAGAUGAGUUUGGAGACAGAGAAAUCUCACCUAUAUUUGAUGAUCUGAACAAAGGUCAUGGAAUAAUAUUUUCAAAUGGGGAAACAUGGAAAGAGUUGCGUCGUUUUGCUCUCACCACCCUCAGAGACUUUGGGAUGGGCAAGAGAGUUGCUGAAGAGAAAAUCUUAGAGGAGUGUGGACAUCUCAUUCAAAUGUUUGAGAAUUAUAAAGGGAAACCAUUUAACACAUCACGCCCAAUAAAUUAUGCCACAUCCAACAUCAUCUCCUCCAUCGUCUACGGAAGCAGAUUUGAAUAUGAUGACCCUCAAUUCAGAAACCUAGUUGGUCGAGCAAAUGAAUCUAUAAGCAUAUCAGGCUCUUCACAAAUCCAGCUCUACAACAUGUUUCCCCGGUUAGUCGGAUGGGUAAAAAACCGUCAGGUGAUUUUAAAAAAUGCAGAAAUGACGAUCAGGGAUGUGAAAGGUCUAAUCACGAAACUGAAGGAGACGCUAAACCCUCAGACCUGCAGAGGGCUGGUGGACUGUUUCCUGAAUCGGAAGGAGAAAGAAGAGGACUCUUGUGGGAAAGACAGUCAGUUCACAGAGGAGAACCUGAUAUUUACAGUGACCAACCUGUUUUCUGCUGGAACUGACACCACAGCUGCAACACUGAGGUGGGGUUUGCUGCUCAUGGCUAAGUAUCCACAAAUCCAGGACCAGGUCCAGGAGGAGCUGGCCAGGGUGGUUGGAAGCCGUGAAGUUCGAGUGGAAGAUCGUAAAAACCUGCCCUACACUGAUGCUGUCAUCCAUGAGAUCCAGAGGCUGGCUAACAUCGUCCCCAUGGCCAUCCCACAUAAAACUAAUAGAGAUGUCAUCUUCCAGGGAUACUUUAUCAAGGAGGGAACUACUGUGUUUCCCCUUCUUACAUCUGUUCUGUAUGAUGAGAGCGAAUGGGAGAGCCCUCACACCUUCAACCCUUCUCAUUUCUUGGAUACAGAGGGAAAAUUCAUAAAGAGAGAUGCCUUCCUACCGUUUUCUGCAGGUCGCAGGGUGUGUCUUGGGGAAAGUCUGGCUAAGAUGGAGCUUUUCCUGUUCUUCACCUCCCUGCUUCAGCACUUUCGCUUCACGCCUCCACCUGGAGUUACUGAGGAUGAACUGGAUCUAACUCCAGCAGUGGGUUUCACCAUCCCUCCUUCUCCUCAUGAGCUUUGUGCCAUCAGCCGGCAGUGAAGAAUGAAUUAUGUGAUAGUUCCUGUCUAUAUUAGUGACCUUAUGUGCUUUAACACAUUUAAACUUUAGCUUUGUCUGUUAUUGUUGAAACUGUUUUACAAAGAUUAAAAUGUUAGGUUGUUUGGGAGGAUCCAUAAAUUUCAUUGUAAUAGUUUCCUAAAAAGUAAUUAAAAUCACUCUAAGCUUUGUGCAAAACAUUUUUUUUUAAAGAUGCUUGCUGUCAUUGCUGUGACUCUUUAACUUUAAUUCCUCUCACAAAGUAAACAAAAAGUCUUUCCAAAAUCAGCUUUAGAGAGCAUUAAUAAAUAAACAAUGCUAGCAUCCAUCCAAGGGAUUUAGCUGAGAUCAAUAAACUGCUCCCAGUCUUACCUCUUUCUUGAAGCUAGCUUUUGAUUGGAGCACCUAUCAUGAGAUAAAGCCCCAAAUAACGUGCUCCUUGUUAACAGAGCAGGAUCACCUGACAAGAAAUACAUCUCUGACCAUAGAGGUUGUUUUGAUCUUGCUUUUAAAAAAGGAAAAAU